AUUGCAGAAUUUGACGGGGACGACUUACUAGCGCAAGCAGCUAUUUUCUUCACGGCUGGUUUUGAAACCUCUGCAAUGACAACGUCUUUCACCUUGUACGAAAUUGCGAUGAAUCCGGAAAUACAAGACAGACUUAGAAAAGAAAUUCUUGAUGCGCUUGAUAAAACAGGUGGCAAAAUCACAUACGACAUGGUCUGGUCGUUACCGUAUCUAGACAUGGUGGUAUCCGAAACUUUGAGGAUGUAUCCGCCAUUGCCAUUUCUAGAUCGCGUGACAAUGGACACCUACAAGUUGCCGAAUUUCGAUCUAAAGCUCGAAAAGGGCACACCGAUUUAUAUCUCAAUGUUUGGCAUACACUAUGACCCGGAAUACUUUCCUGAUCCACACAAAUUCGACCCGGAGCGAUUUACCGAGGAGAACAAACGUAAUAGACCAACAAAUGUGUAUUUUCCAUUUGGAGAUGGCCCACGCGUAUGCAUAGGUUCUCGUAUGGGACUUUUACAAACAAAAUUGGGGAUCGUUACAAUUUUGCGCAAAUACGAGGUAGUACCAGGCAAAAAAACUCUAAUCCCAAUGGUUCUCAAUCCGAAAUCUUUCUUGACGGCGCCAUUAAGUGCUGAUCUAUAUCUCACCCUCCGCAAGAUUAAGAGCAGCUAAAUAAUAUGUAACCGUGUUUGAUAAUAUUAAUAUAAUGUUUUAAAACCACAGAAUGCAUUAGACAGUCGAUAUUUCAAAUACAUAAUUUUACUAUAAUAAAUCACUAGUGGACAUACAU